AUGCUGAGUGCUGACAGUGUGAAAGUGGCAGUCCGUGUUCGACCCUUUAACCAGAUGGAGAAAGAUGCAGGAAGCCGUUGCAUUAUUUCCAUGGUUUCAAACAGCAUCACAGUUUGUGAUCCCAGAAAUCGGAACAACACAAAAACCUUUUUAUUUGACCUGUCCUACUGGUCACACAGUGGAUUUAUUAAAAACAAGGAAGGAACUCUUAUUCCAGAUGGAUCUACGAGUAAAUAUGCGGACCAGAGAAGAGUGUUUGAUGACCUUGGCCAAGAAAUACUGAAUAACGCAUGGAAGGGAUACAAUGCAACUCUAUUAGCCUAUGGUCAGACGGGCUCAGGAAAGAGCUACACUAUGAUUGGUUAUGGACCAAAUAGAGGCAUAAUCCCAAUGACUUGUGAUGAGUUGUUCAAAACAAUUCAUCAAAAUCAAGAACCUAAUAAACAGUACCAGAUUUAUUUCAGCAUGUUGGAAAUCUACAAUGAAAAGGUGGUAGACUUGUUAGCCAAGAGCAAACAGUCUGGAGGUCUAAAAGUGCGAGAAAGCCCCCAAAGGGGCUUCUAUGUAGAAGAUCAAAUGUUGGUGCCUUGUGAAAGCUAUGAGCAGGUCCAACAGUUGCUGAAGGAAGGAAAUACAAAGAGAAUCACAGGGUCCACCAACAUCAACACGAUCAGCAGUCGUUCACACAUGAUCAUCACCAUUCGUUUCAAACAGGUAUUUUUAAAAGACCACCUCACAAAACAGUCUGACAUCAAUUUGGUAGAUUUGGCUGGCAGUGAGAGGCAGAAGUUUUCUGGUUCCGAGGGAGACCGGCUGAGAGAGGGAACUGCUAUCAAUCUCAGCUUAACGACAUUGGGCAAUGUCAUCAGUGCCUUAGCAGAAAUAGCCAUGAGGAAGAAGGUGCUGCAUGUACCAUAUAGAAACUCCACACUGACCAAACUACUGCAAUCAGCUUUGGGAGGAAACAGUAAGACAAGGAUGAUUGCAACAGUCAGUCCAGCUGACAUCUGCUAUGAGGAAACGCUUUCAACAUUACGUUAUGCUGAAAGGACUAAGAACAUCCAGAACAAAGUGGUGAUAAAUGAAAACCCAACAGAAAGACUCAUACUGGGCCUGAGAGCAGAGAACGCCAAACUGCGAUCAGCGAUUACCAAGAUUAGAAAUGCUGGACUAAGGGGAGAGGAAGAAACGAAAGAAUUACGACAUUCAUUGGCUGAGAACGAACGACAGAUGGCAGAGAUUCAGACUUCUUGGGAGCAGCGACUCGAGAGAUCACAGAAAGAAUGGGAACAGAAAUACAAAACUCUAAAACAGGAACAACACAUGAUUCAGAAGUUCCCCUAUCUGGUGAAUGUCAAUGUGGACCCUCAGCUCUCUGGCUUUGUCAAGCUCUUCAUCCAAGAUGGAGAGACCAUCGUGGGACAAUCUACAAGUUUCUCACAGGCCAUUGUUAUUAAAGGUUUCGGUGUUGCUGAUAAACACGCCAUUAUCACAAAUCUUGACAAUAAAGUAACCCUGGAGCCUUGUGGACAAGCUAAAGUGGCUUUAAAUGGGGUCCUUCUCUUUGCUAAAGUUCAACUUAAACAUUUGGAUAGACUUAUUCUGGGAUCCAACAGCACGUACCUCUACGUAGGAUUUCCUUGCGAGCGGAAUGGUGAGGACUUGAGCAAAUAUGACUACGACUUCUUCCAGUCAGAGCUGGCAGCAGUGGAAGGUUUUGACAGAGAUGCUCUUGGUAAGCAGAAAGUGGACCCGAGUGUGCUCGCUGUGUUCCUUGAUUACAUCAGGGUGAAGCCUCUGGUGGUGGAAGCAAACCAGAUCAGCAAGGAGUUAAAUAAGGAUCUCAAGUUUGAACUGGAAGUGAAGAACUUGGCAUUAACAGACUCCAGGGGCCAUGACCUGGUGAAGGAGGUGAUAGUGAAGGUGACAAAUAAAAUGACUCAUCAGGUAUGGGUCUGGUCAAAGGCUAAGUUUGUGAAUAGAAAGUUCAUCAUGGAGGACAUAUAUCAACAUUUCAUCGAUGGAGAGACUGUUUCUCUGGAUAGAGAGAGUGAUCCAUUCUGGGACCCUACUGAGGCAGUCCAUUUAGGUACUGCAUACGUCUGGCUUCAAUCUCUCAACUACUGUAUUCCACUAGAAGAACACGUAGAGUUUCGCAGUUCACAAGGUGAAGAAGAAGCCGUUUUACAGAUAAAUCUGGUGCCAUGCACUCCAUCUGGACAACCUCUGAGUGAAGAUGAGAUCCUCAUCGAUCCCACAGAAAUGGUGGGUCAGAGGUUGGAUUUUCAAGUUCAGAUCAUGCAGUGCUUGGGAAUCAAGUGGCUGAAACAGAACAGCAAGAGAGGAAUUCAGAUUCAGUAUAAUGUCUUUAACCAUCCAUACCCCUUCUGCACCAAACCUACCUGGAACACUGUCAAUGCAAGGAUUGUUCAAGUAACACAAUUCACUGUCAAAAGUGUGUCACAGGAACUACUGAACUAUCUGCAAAGCCAUGCUCUGGUCCUGGAUCUGUGGGGCCUACAAGAGGGUUGCACAGAAAUCAGUUCCUCUUUGGAUGACAUUGAAGUCACUGACGAAGGCAGCAUAAUUAUUGACUGUGCGAGACAACAGGUACUGAAUAAUGUGGAAAUGGACGAUGACCAGCCCUCUGAACUUCACAUCAAGCUAUCAAAGCUGGAGCAAGAGAUUGAACUUCUGAGAGAUGUCAACAGAAUCUUAAGAACAGAUAAUGUUUCCAUGAAGAGCGCGUUAAGGAAAAUGAUGAGUGAUGCGCCAAGGCCUGACGAGAAGUCUUUCCAUCAAAGAAACACACAAGCCUUUGGCAGUAAGUGUACACCCAAGGCCAGUUAUGAAGUUGACUUUGCCAAGGCUCUGAAAACAUUUUACCAAAGCAUGAACAGGGUGCAGAACCAACUGCGAGGAUUGAGGCGUCAAAGACCACCGGAUGAAAAUAAUGUUGAAACACUGAGAAUGUACAUAGACAACCAAACUCGGAUAAUCAGGGAUUUUGGAGACUCUCUAGAAUUGUGCAUGAACACUCUGAAGAAUGAUGUCAAUCUAAUUGUUAAGAAAAAGAAGGUGGUGCACACCCUGUGGGGCUCUGUGACAAAGUGA